AUGCAACAGGGGUUGCAUCUUCAAGAGAUGGGAGGAGGACCAUUUCAUUGGCAUGCAUACAUCCCAUCACCUACCCAUCCCCUCUCCCACACCAGCUACCCCAUCCCUAUGUACAUAUCCCUCUUUCCCAACAACCAGGAGGAUGAUGAGGAAGAGAGUAGUGAGUCGGUGACCAAGGGGGAGAUGGAGAAGGGUGACGAGGAAGAGGAGAGUACGGAGGAGAAUGGAGGAGAAGAGGAGGAGAGCUUUGAAGAGGGGCAGCAGCCGGAUGAGGGAAUAGAGGAGGAGCAACUGCUAGAGGAGAUAGGGCAGCCUAAGAAGAAGGCAAAGGUGGAAGGAGAGGAAGGCGAGGAGGAGACCCCUAGUAAGAAUCUCGCGUCCGAGACCACCCUCGAUAUAUGGGACGACAGCAACACGUUGUUCUUCUUGGAGAAGGGAGUGGUUGAUCCGGCAUUGAGCACGGUGGAGAAGAGGAGGGUGAGAGCAAGGGGAAAGAACUUUGAGUGGAGGGAUGGGAGGCUGCUGAAGAAGAUCAAAGGGGAGUUGAAGCCGGUACCACGGAAGGAGGAGAGGAGGGACAUCAUAGCAUUUCUUCAUGGGUUGGGGCAUUUGGGGGUGCCAAGGACCACGGACUUGGUGAAGAAGCAGUAUGAUUGGUAUGGAGUGGGGAGUGAUGUGACGGCAAUUGUGAAAGGGUGUGCCACGUGUGUGUUCCAAAAGGGAUAUUGGACGGCGAAGGGAGAGUUGCAGCCGGUACUGGUCACGAAGCCGUGGGAGAGGGUAGUGAUAGACUUCAUCGGGCCUCUCCACACAGCGGCAAAGGGAGGGAACAAGUAUGUUAUCUCGGCCAUGGAUCACUUCACCAAGUGGCCGGAGUGUAAGCCGGUGAGGAGUGCAGAUGCGGCAACAGCAGCGGCAUUUGUAGCAGAGAAGAUCAUCUCCAACCAUGGCUGCCCAUUGUAUGGGCGCCACCCAAACAUCACGCGCACCACCAUGUCGGAGUUUGAGGCGCGGGAGCUGUCGGAGUUGUCCACAGAGGAGGAAGCGGAUGCGGUAGCCAGGUAUCUCUAUAGAAGGUCCUCGGAUAUGGAGCUGGUGUUAGCUCAGGCAGUGGGGAACCAUGAUAGGCCGCAGGAGAAGCAGAAGCUAGAUUUUGACUUGAGGAGGACAACGGCCUUCGAGAUGGAGAAGUUGGUGAAGGGGGACUUUGUCCGCAUCAAGCCAAGUAAGAGGGUGGCAUGGGAGAAGCAGACUAAUAAGUUUAAGACGCUGUUCAGGGUGAAGGAGGUGGAGCAGUUCGAUGUAGUGUUGGAGGAUAAGGCGGGAGCUUCAUGGAAGGAGUCUCGUGAGAACGUGAAGCUGGUGAAGUUCGUGCUUUAG